UUAAAUAGACAUUUGGGUGGUGUCUUUAGGGGUCACCACAGCGGCUCAUUUGUCUCCAUCUCACCCUAUCCUUAGUAUUCUCUUCUGUAACAGCAACCCUGUGCAUGUCCUCCUUCACUACAUUUAUCAGUCUUCUUUGUGGUCUUCCUUUGUGUCAGCUCCAUCUUCAGCGUCCUUCGAGAGUAAAUGAAUAAAGUGAAGAGGUUCUCUGUAGCCAAAGUGGCUGCAGUUUUCAUCAGAUUCUCUAUGAGGUUAAAGAGCAGUGACGGAAGACCUUCAGUUCCACUGGGUUCACGGAUUCUGACCAGUCCUGAUGACAUCUUCAAGCACAACAUGUGGGAUCAUGUGCAAUGGACAGAGGAGGACAGGGAAAAUGCACAGCAGAAGGCGGAGGAAAAUUCCACUGUACGACUUCCUUUAAACGAACAAGGUAAAUUUGUUACAGCAGCUUGCCAGUACUGGGACAAGUUUUAUGAGAUUCACCAGGACAAGUUCUUCAAAGAUCGCAGAUGGCUGUUUUUAGAAUUCCCAGAGCUGCUGCCUUCAGGUGAAAGAGGCCAGAGCACAAACACGUGUCACGGUCAUCAGCAAGCAGCUAUUCAACUAUGUAGUGCAUCCAGAUUGGACACUGAAACCGGAAAACAUCAACGGUGCAAUCCCGUUGACCAUCACAGGAAUACAGACACCUUUAACUUUCAGGAGUCCUGUCAACAAGCUGCACGAGGAGCGAAUGAAGCUGCUGUGGAUGAUUCUGUUUUUCCUGGACAACGUGCAUCCUUCAGGAUCCUGGAGGUUGGAUGUGGAGUUGGUAACAGUGUGUUUCCUAUUGUAAAUAACAUCAAAGAAACAGACUCAUUUUUAUACUGUUGUGACUUCUCACCACGUGCCAUUCAGCUGGUUAAGAACCACCCAGACUACGAUGACUCGGUGUGUCACGCCUUCGUCCAUGACAUUUGUGACAAAAUGGCCACCUUCCCAUUUCCUCCUCAGAGCCUGGAUGUUAUUCUGGCAGUAUUUGUGCUCUCUUCCAUUCAUCCAGAGCGCUUGCAAGACGUUGUGAACCAUCUGUCUGCAUACCUGAAACAUGGUGGUGUACUCCUUUUCCGUGAUUAUGGGAGAUACGACUUCUCACAACUCCGUUUUAAGAAAGGACGGUGUCUAUCAGAAAAUUUCUACACACGCGGAGAUGGAACCUGUGUUUAUUUUUUCACAAAAGAGGAGGUUCAUGAUUUGUUUUCCAAAGCUGGACUGGAAGAAAUUCAGAAUCUAGAGGAUAGACGACUGCAAGUGAACCGAGGAAAGAAAGUAGUAAUGCACCGGGUGUGGAUGCAGAGCAAGUACAGGAAACCAUAUCCACCUUCAACCUCUUAGCAUCCCACCAUGCACAGCUCUAACUAGAAUUGUGUAUUUUUCAUACUUUUAUACUUAAACUGGUUUAUUUGGGCCUAGUAAUAACUGUUUUUUUGGAGGCAGCUGGGGGUAAAAUAUAUAAAACUCAAUAAAAACCAGUAAACAGGUGUUUGGUGUUUUCUACUUUAUUUCUCAUUAUAUUCAUAUUUAGAUACUGACACAAUGUUGUUAAGUCCAGGUGGGCUCGGGUACAUGAACCAUGGUUCAUGGUUCAUGUACACUAGAUGUUUUAAGGCCACUGUAAGAAUGAUUGACAGGAGAUUACGUUCCAUUAUUCAGUAAGGCACAUAUAUUCUUCAAGCCACUUUUUGUAAGAGAGAAGCAAAUUAGCGGUUGCACUGAUGUGUUGCCUGAAUAUAUGCUCAGCCGUGUUUAUUGAUGCUGAUUUAUCUGCAGAUAAGCUGCAAAACUGAUUCAACCUCACUGCCAUAAAGAACAUUUCAGGAAAUCAUUCCCACUGUUCUAAGAAAUACAUUGAGCAAAUUAGAACUAGUGAAUCUUCUCGGAUGAGAGAUUUAACAUCUUCAAUAAUUUUAAAGAAGUCCAGUCGCUUUCUUUCCAAUUGCCUUAGAUUCCCAUGACCUGGAUGACUCUACACGGACAUUCCUGUUAUUCUUUAUGAAAUUGUACAACAGCUCUUCUUUUUGUGACCGGUGAACACAUCCGACGCACACCAGGACACAUGAUUACAUGCAUAUUUCUGUACCAAACCUCCUUGCUGCUGUUUCUUAAGUGUAAAGUGCACAUGUUAUUUGUUAUGUCAUUUCCACCACUGUUUGUUAGAAUUUGCUUUUGCAUGAUCUCAGUCUUUUAUCUUUUUUCUUUAACUUCAUUUUAUUAUCUGAUUUCAAAUUUUUUUGCACUGCUUUACAUAUUAAAGCCUUCAGUA